GAAGCCGCGUGUUUGAACAGCCGCCUAUGCCCGCAUUGACUAGGAGCAACUACCUUUCCGAAGAAGAAAAGUUGGCUGCUGCCAACCCUUCUAUCGACCCUUCCAUCCCGGCAGAACACAUGAAGCGUGCAUUAGACGUGCUUAAAAACGUUGCCAAGAAAUAUUCAGAUGAUGUUGAGUUUUUCCCUGGUGGCAGCCUUAGGGUGCAAAGUGCCGUUAAUGACGAUCCAAAAAGUGGCUGCCACACAAUGACGACAAACUGGAGCGAAUGUUCAUCUUCCUGCGGCAUCGGGAGGCGAAUGCGGUUGACGCGGGGCGUAAAAGGCUCAUCCUGCUUGACAACAGCAGAACCAGAGAUUUGCGUUUCAUCAGUCGGGUGCAAAAGUGGAGAACAGUUUCUAACGGCAGUGGAAGGAGAGUUGAAAAUUGUCCCCCAACCAGCUAAAGAAGAACUCGGUAGACUGUUGAUGAAAAACAUCAAACUCAACGUUAGAGUAGAGAAACAAUUAGUGUGCAAGGAGUAUGACACGGGAUUUACCUCUCGGGCGUACAACGACAAGGGACUGGUGGGAGCGUUUGGGUUUGGGAGGCAAUUCCGCCUUUUCCAGAAAUAUGAUGCAGGAAAAGGUACCUGUGUAGGGGACAUUGAUGUUCAAUAUGUCUCCAGGUUUCAAAAAUUGACAAUGGGCGAAUUUAGCAAGAGUAUUUUGGACGACCAUAACUUCAUCAGAAACCAGCACGGCAUUCAGGAGCUGAAGUGGAACCCCGUCAUUGCAGCCAAUAUGUUAGACUAUCUUCGGCAACAGAAUGAAUAUGAGCAGUGCCGUAUGGAGCAUUCUCCAUUAAGUUUUCGUAAUCUGCCGGGCGUGAAAAGCCCUUUGGGAGAGAAUCUGUACACUGCCUGCUCUCUGGGCGUAUUUCCGCGUGAGGUGGCUACCGCUUGGGCCACUGAGGGCAACUGCUUCAGGUUCGGAAAGAUUGGGAACCCUUGCACCGGCGUUUUGGGUCCCAAGUGCAGCACCGAGAUGCAUGCAAAAGGGCUUAUGACGGGCCACUACACUGCCACGGUGUGGGAGGCUUCCACGGAAGUGGGAUGCGCAUACGUCCUCUGCAAUAGAAAGUGCCAGCACAAUAGGCCGGUCAUUCUCGUCGGCUGCCAGUACAGCCCAUCUGGAAACAUAGUGGGGAAAACGCCAUUUUCAAAAGACGUGGCGAUGAGGGCGCAAGGUUUCUUCCCGCAGCUGCUGCCGGAGGCCUCUGAGGACCCUAAAAAGGUAAAGGAAUGCGAGAGGUUUAGGCAAGAAAUGGAAAAGAAAAACCCUGAAGUGGACUUUAUAGCAAAAUGGCAGUAA